GCUGCCGCUUGCGGGUCUAAGCCACAGGGCUGGGGCGGGGCUUUCGCUUCCGGAAGCGCCAUGCCUUGAACCCGGAAACUAUAUGAAACAAAACUUUCUGGAAUUCAAAAGCCACCGUUUCAUCAUGGGACAGCAAAUUUCGGAUCAGACACCGUUGGUUCUUAACAAAUUACCUGAAAAAGUAGCAAAACAUGUUAUAUUGGUUCGAGAGAGUGGCACCUUGACUUAUGAAGAAUUUCUUGGGAGAGUUGCUGAACUUAAUGAUGUAAUUGCUAAAGUAGCUUCUGGCCAAGAAAAACAUCUUCUCUUUGAGGUACAACCUGGUUCUGAUACCUCUGCCUUUUGGAAAGUGGCUGUACGGGUGGUUUGUACCAAGAUUAAUAAAAGUAGUGGCAUUGUGGAAGCAUCAAGGAUCAUGAAUUUGUACCAAUUUAUUCAACUUUAUAGAGAUAUAACAAGUCAGGCUGCAGGAGUCUUGGCACAGACAUCUGCUUCCGAAAACCUUGAUGAAAAUUCAUCCUCUGUGAAGUCUUGUCAGGCUAGUCUUUGGAUGGGAAGGGUAAAGCAGCUGACUGACGAAGAGGAGUGCUGUAUUUGUAUGGAUGGCCGAGCUGACCUCAUCCUGCCUUGUGCUCACAGCUUUUGUCAGAAGUGUAUUGAUAAAUGGAGUGAUCAGCACAGGAAUUGCCCUAUUUGUCGUCUACAAAUGAGUGGAACAAAUGAAUCCUGGGUGGUGUCAGAUGCACCCACAGAAGACGAUAUGGCUAACUAUAUUCUUAACAUGGCUGAUGAGGCAGGCCAGCCCCAUAGGCCAUGACCUUCAAGACAAGAAACUUUUUUUCAUAGAAGAAUACGGGCUUUUGUAGAAACACAGACACAGAGAAGUCAAUUUAUCCCCACCUUUUAUUUUUGCAAUUUUGGCAAUUUGUUCCAUUUCUUUUGAUAAACUUUACAUGUUUUCCAUUUAUGGCAAAUUAAAAAUUACUACUGUC